GGAUCACGAUUACUGAAUUCAGAUUUGGACUCAGAAGAUCGGAAACGAUGAAAUCCGUCCUCUUCACUCUGGGCGUCCUCAUUCUGAUCAAGGUAUCACUCGCUGUGGCCGAUUCAGCCUCCAGCAUCGUGGAGGAAUUUCGUGAUGCAAUCGGCAUGUGCUCCACUAGAGCUAUAGACAGAAAUUUGACUCUGGAAGAUUGCAGAGAUUGUGUGGCAACCUUGUACAAACGAUGUGUCCUGUUUUGCCGGAAUAGCAUACUGGAGAGAGAUGAUUGCGCAGGUGUGUGCCACGCAGCUCGAAUAUACGGUGUAUUUUCUUGCAAAUCCAACCUGAAUUGAUGUAUAUGUAGAGAAAAUGUCCUAGUGAAAUAGAUUGCAUGUAAC